AUGAUGACUGGUGAUUUCCUUGACCCCGUCCUUCAGAAAGAAAAAAUCACACAAUCCAAAAGCGCUUCUUUACUGGAAAACUUGAAGGGUGACUUGGACCCGUCCACUCAUAAUGACGAGGAUUUGAGGUUUGCCAUCAUAAGCAAAGCUUUGGAAUUGUUGAGCUGCAUCCAUGAAGCUUUUGUUUCCCCCGUCGAAAACACGAGUCCUGUUCAGUCACCUGUACACGAAUUCGAAGAUGAAGCAUUGGAGGAUGCAAAGCGUCGCCGGAUCCUUCAUGGCUUACUGGAUCUGAUAUCUCUGGAGGGUAUCUACCCUUCAUUGUCAUCUGGUGUGGGCAUUCCAUUGCAACAGCGUGUGAUCUCGGUUUUGCCCGCCGGGAUUAUUGCGAAGCAAGGCCCAUUGCCUAACAGCGCACGCCCCCGAAAUGAAAGCCUUCUUCGUCGCAUUAUCACAGUCCUCAUGGGAAUCAUCUUGGACGAAAGACCCAGCAUCCAGCCCAUCAUUCGCGGCCGUGUCCUGAGCGAUGUCAUUUCGGGAGCAGCCGAUCUUUCUUUUAAUCCACAGUCAACACCAUCAAAGGACCGCGAUGCACUGAGAAAGCAAUUAUCUGCUGUAAUGGACGGAACCCCAAGCGUCAUGUUGCUUCCUACUUUAUCAAACUUCCUCCAGGCUGACCCUGUUAUAUGGUUCAGAGUAACCGUAUCAAGCCAUCUUGCUCGUAUUCCACUUCGACCUCAAGGUGUUCGACAGACAAUCAUGUUCAUUGCAUCGCAAAUCGGGCCUUCUCUUGGCCAGGAAGCGAGAGACGAACCCUCCAAUGGGCCACACUUUACCCUGCAAGCAAUUAUGCAGAUAUCGCGAUUACUCGGAUCAGUCCCGCAGGGAAUGGAUGCAAAUAGAUUCUUCGCCACAAUAGGCCCUCAGCUGUUAGCUCUCCUUGACGGAGAGGACCCCGACCUCAAAAAAACUGCAUCCUACGCUAUUGGCAACGGAAUCCUAAACAAACGCGCAUUCGGUGCUCCAAAAACUAUUGGCCACUCAAUAUUCGUCGAGCCAAUAUACGGGGUGCUUACCGCCCAGCUCACCGAUGGUUGUAUGAAAUGGCUACAGCGGUUUUCUGAUGAUGGACAUGCAACUCCAAUUCAGGAUAAAAUUCCAGAAAGCUCUGACAUUUUGGUUGCAAGCCCGCUUGUUGAUCUGGCGCUCGAAAGAUUGGCAAGCCUGGUGCUACAGCAUCCAAAUCCAGGGCUGGCAAAGAGACUUCUACAUCCUGUCUUGAGACCCCUUUGGAGCAUUGCUUGCUUUGCUGAUGAGCAGAAGCUCUCUAAGCUUUAUGAGAAGAGCUUCUCUUUACUGCAAUCGUUCUUUGGGAUCUCCGUUGGAGAGAAGCCAUUCAAAAUUUUGGUUAAUAACAUCCUAUGCGACGGCGGCUCAGAUUGGACCUACCAAGUCGGACAGAUCUGUUCGUCAAGUUACUGGAGUCCGAUCCAAAUACCGAGGAGACAACGGGUGACAUUUUUCCUCUAUGUGAGCCAAACAUGGCUGGUCAAGUCUCCCGAUGAUGCGAAGAAGCCAGAGACGAUCGGAGAUACUGAGAAUGUCAUGCAGAAGCUGGUCAGUGCAACAAUUGCCAAGAAACUUCUGGAAAACUUCAAGGACACCCUUUCUCGCCGGCCACUCCGUAUUCUGGAGCUCAUUGGGCAGGUUAUCGAUGGCGAGCGGCAGAGUCUGAGCAGAGAGGCAGAAAAUCGCCGUUCAAAGGAAUCUAGAGCUCCAUCUCUAACUACCUUGGGGUCUAUCGUGCCUGAGAGCAAUGCAGAUGAGAACGCUUCACCAGAGACAGAGACCUCGGAGUCCUUGUCGGUUGCCUUUAGUCUGCUGUCGACCGUUCUUGCAUCACCAGACUUCGCUAUCACGCCAGAAACGAAGCCAAAUCUGGAAUCCACUAAGGCAAACCUGGACCAGCUGAUCCCUCUUCUACCGGAUACUCUCCAGAAGCCGGCUACCACUUCGUCUAUGCUGCUUGAGAUUCAACUCGUAUCACCCGAGAACGAAGGCACGAAAUUACCACCGCAGUCCAUCUCCGAUCUCGAGACUCAUCGUCAGGCCCUGGCAAAUCUCAAUUCCGAGCUACCACCAGUUCAAGCAGAAGGAUUCUCCCUCCUUUCAAAACUGGUGGCUAAUUCGUCACCCGUAUUAGAUAUCCCAUCGACAUUAACACUUCUGCUAUCCAUAAUCACGGACAUAUCUGAGUCCACCGCCAACGACGAAUUUGUUUAUCUCAACGCGAUCAAGCUUAUUGGAACCUUAGCAUCUCGCCACCCUCGCACAGUCGUCAAAACCCUUGUGGAUAGUUACGCUGAUAAGAGCGAACGCCGAACCCUCGAUCAACGUCUCAAGAUAGGCGAAUCGAUUCUUCGGACAGUCCAGGAUCUCGGAACUGCACUGGCUGGAGAUACCGCAAAGAUUCUUGGAGAAGGAAUGAUCGCCGUUGCAGGAAGACGUGGAAAGAAGCCCGAAGCUCAGAAGACUCGCAAGCAGAAAGAGGAGAAAGAGCGCCGUCAAAAGGAACGUGAAGAACGCCAACGAAAAGAUGCAGCUUUGCCAGGAUGGAGGGUCUCCGUCGGACCAAGCGAGCCAAAACCAGCCAUUGCGCUUGAAGAAGGCGAUUCUGAGACCGAGACGCCCGAGCAGACUGCACAUGCGGCAAACAUCAUUGAGGCAUGGGCAGCUGGCUCGUUCAAUGAUGAUGAGCCUGAUGAUCUUCGCGUUCGAGCAUCCGCGUUGUCGAUUCUCGCAUCAGCUGCUCAGACAAAUAUCAUCGGUCUUGGGCCUGCCCUGGUCUCUUCAGCUUUGGAUCUAGCCCUUGCCACUAUCACCAUCGAGCAGGCACCGGAGAGCGCUAUUCUACGACGUGCAAGCGUAGUGCUGAUUCUAGAUGUCUUGAAAGCCAUCGUUGCUGCCCAAGAAGCUCGCCACGGUGGGGAUAUCGGUUUUGGCUUCUCGCUCAGCAAUGAUGGGGCAAAAGGCAAUGCGUCCGUCGGCAACAUCCCUGCCAUGAUACAGACUCUGGGGAUAGCGGAGAGCAAGGAAACAGAUACCAUUGUACGCGGCCAUCUCCGUGCUCUGAUCGAGAGUCUCGAGGCAUGGUUGGAGAAUUCUCUCAUGAAUGGAUUCGGGGCCCGGCACGGCUCUGACGGGACAGAUGAGAUACGACUCGAAUUGGGCGAUAGAAUUGCAGGAUUGGACAUCAACCCAAUGGCUGGGAAGGAUGGUUCGUCCAGACCUCGGAUUGAGGAGAUUGAGUAG